CUGCGUAAAGCCAGAGUUGAGUGAAAAUCGUUUCGCAUCUUCAAGAAGCAAAAUAUCCUUCGAUUUUCUUGCUUUAUUUGCUAGGUUCAUUUCUAAUUUUGCACGAUUCAUAUGAAUUAGUAUCAAGUGAGAGUAAAAUUGCGCCUCCAGUGCAAGAAAAACAAUGAAGAAUAAUCGAAUACUAGUUUUAGUGGUAGUUCUGCUACAAUGUUUCCGCGUGCAAGGAUUUUACGUUCCCGGGGUAGCUCCGGUGGAGUUUCGGAAAGGACAGAAAAUCGAUGUGAAGGCAGUUAAAAUGACGAGCACCCACACCCAGCUGCCGUACGAGUAUUACUCGCUGCAGUUUUGCUUGCCGAAGAAUGGCACCUUGGUGUACAAGAGCGAGAAUCUGGGAGAGGUCCUUCGAGGUGAUCGAAUCGUUAAUACUCCUUACGAGGUGCGAAUGGCGGAGAAUGUUCGCUGUAAGUUGCUCUGCAAUAGCAAAGAUCGUCCCCUCAACUGGGACCUUGAGCAGACGGCGAAAGUUGUGCGGAGAAUUGAACAUGAAUAUUUCGUUCAUCUCAUUAUCGAUAAUCUACCUGUGGCAACUAAGUUUGUGAAUCCGGACACAAAUGAACUCCAGUUUGAGCAUGGUUAUCGAUUAGGGCAGAUGGAGGGAGACAAAGUAUAUAUAAACAAUCAUCUUAAAUUUCGACUUUUCUAUCAUUUGCAUAGCGAAGAUCAGUACCGUGUUGUAGGAUUUGAGGUCGAGACAUUAUCGAUCAACAUUAACGAACUUCAUUUCGAGGGAGAUACCUGCAGCUUCGCGGAAAAUCCGCGGCCACAGCGCGUCAGUUUACAGCGAGGACAUACGCAACUUUUCUUCACAUACUCUGUCGAGUGGCAGGAAUCGUCAGUGAAAUGGGCCUCUCGGUGGGAUAUCUAUCUCGGCAUGAACGAUGUACAGAUCCAUUGGUUCAGCAUUAUAAAUUCAUUGGUCGUGGUGUUCUUCCUGUCAGGUAUCCUGACCAUGAUCAUGGUUCGAACACUGCGCAGAGACAUCGCCAAAUACAACACAGAUGAUAGCAUUAAUAUUGAGGAUACGCUGGAGGAAACGGGCUGGAAGUUAGUCCAUGGGGAUGUGUUCCGACCCCCAAGACAUCCACGAUUGUUUGCAGCAAUCAUUGGCAGUGGUAUUCAGGUUUUCUUCAUGGCGUUGAUUACUAUCAUCAUUGCUAUGCUAGGCAUGCUCUCGCCCUCUUCGCGAGGCGCGCUUAUGACCGCUGGAAUCAUGUUGUACGUGUUCAUGGGACUGAUCGCGGGAUACUUCUCCGCUCGUCUGUAUAAGACGAUGAAGGGACGAAACUGGGAACGAGCCGCAUUCCUAACAGCCACCCUUUUUCCGGGACUAGUGUUUGGAACCUGUUUCAUUUUGAAUUUCUUCAUCUGGGACAAGGAUUCAAGUGGUGCUGUGCCGUUCGGUACGAUGGUUGCGCUGCUAUGUUUGUGGUUUGGAAUCUCUCUGCCACUGGUGUACCUCGGAUAUUACUUCGGUUUCCGAAAACAAGCUUACCAACAUCCCGUGAGAACGAACAUGAUUCCCAGACAAAUUCCUCACCAGCAUUGGUACAUGAAUUUGGGUCUUUGUGUGCUAAUGGCUGGUAUUCUGCCGUUUGGAGCAGUGUUUAUUGAACUGUUCUUCAUUUUCUCAGCAAUAUGGCAGAAUCAAUUCUAUUACCUUUUCGGAUUUCUGUUUCUAGUAUUUUGCAUUCUAGUUGUAAGCUGUGGACAAAUAUCGAUAGUGAUGACGUAUUUCCAACUUUGUGCCGAGGACUACCGCUGGUGGUGGCGAAGUUUCAUCGUUUCGGGUGGAUCCGCUGUGUACAUUCUGUUCUACAGUAUAUUCUAUUUUUUCACGAAACUCGAGAUAACGGAAUUUAUACCAACUCUACUGUAUCUAGGCUACACUGGUCUCAUGGUCAUCACCUUCUACAUUCUGACGGGAACAAUUGGAUUCUUCGCCGCGUAUAGCUUUAUUCGAAAGAUUUAUGGUGCCGUAAAAAUCGACUAAGUAAUUAGAAGGCUAUCAACUAGAACCAGAAAAAUGCGAGCGAGAUAAUCUUGUAUGAGUGUGAAGAGGGAAUGAAUGACUGCAGAAAAACUGAGCGUGUGUGGUGCGAAGUGCGUCAGAAUGAUGAUUGCGACAAACUAGCUUUGUUCUUAUUGUUCAAUCUAAUUGUAUCUUUCAAUACUUUCGCAUAAAUAAUGCUUGUAGGCUGAUAAAUUAUACAUUACGAACUAUUUAAACCGAGAGAGGGACGGAUGACAAACAUAUGUGAGUAAGUUUUAAUUGUUUUCGAAUGUAAGUUGAUGGUACAGAUGUCGCUAUGAGUACUAAAUGAACAAAAAUAAAGCGAUCAUUGGAGAGAAAAAGAAAGAAAUCUCAAUCAGA